ACGUUCAGUUUAAUUAAGACCCAAUGGAAAUCAGAACUCGAACAGCAAUUUUAUUGAACGAUAACUGUAAUGCUUGUCGUGUUUGUCUCACGACGAAUCGGAAUAACCAAUAUAUUUUUGGAGCUAAACAACAUGACACGAUCGAUGUGCCUGAAAAACUUCGCCUGUGCUGCGGUGUGGAGGUGCAGGAGAAUGAUGGUUUACCUUCCACUAUUUGUACUAAAUGUAUAUCAAAAGUUAACGAUGCCCAUGAAUUGAGGAAGAAAUGCCAACAAUCUGAUAUCCGUUUGAGAGAAUUAUAUGGGAAAGCAUAUAAUACCAAUCCUCAGAAGACCAUGAAAGAUCAGUAUUGUCAAACCGACCAUUCCUUCGAUUCUAAUAUAAUUAAAGUAAACGAUACAUUUCCUAAUUACGAACCUUCACCAAUGGUUUUGAAAGAUACAGAGAAAUGUGAUGCAAUUAAUGAAACUAAAUGUAUAAUAGAAGAGGGAUUUAAUAUUGCUUCGAGCAAACAAAAUAUUUAUGUUAAGUGUAAGGAACCUCAGUAUAAGAAAAAUGUAGCUAGAGAAGCUUAUAGAACAAGGAGGAUGACAAUGUUCAAGAGAAUGACGUCCAUAGAAAAUUUAAGAAAUUAUAAGGAGAGGCAGAGAAAGUAUAUAAAGAAGAAUGCAAAACGGGAUGGCAAUUUAGGAGAUGUGAAAAAGUCAGAUUCUCAGACUUCUUACAUUUGUCCAAAGUGCUCGAGGUGUUAUUCCAGUAAGAGGUCUUUCGACAGGCAUGUAUCGACGCAUGAUGGGAAAAGCUUCACGUGUGACGAGUGUGGCAAAUAUUUUGUCCAGCUCAAAGAAUUGAUAGAACACAAUAAAUUGCACGUGGUCAAAGAGAAACCUAAAUUAGUAUUAUGUAAAAUAUGUAAUAAGAAUUUUAAAAAGACCGAUACUAUGGUGAGGCAUUUAAAUGUUCACAAAAGAGUCAAUCCAAAGGAGGUUCUCUCGAUCUUGAAGGAAAUCAGAGAAAAGAGAAAGUUAGAGAAUAUACUCGAGCCUGAAAUAAGUAUCACUGAAGUCGAGAAUAAUAAUGAUGGAAAGGGAACGAUAGAAAAGUGCGCAAUUAACGAAAGUGCUACUCUAAAUGCACUCACGAACGAAAUCUUAGAAUGUGAGAAUAAGGAAACUAAUGUUGAAUAUGUAGAUAAUAAAACUGAAAGUAUUUGUUCUAUAAAUGAGGAACAUUGUAGGAACAAGAAAUCACUUAGAAAAUGUUCACAACUUGAUGUUAAGAAGAAAUUCGUUUGCACAGUAUGCAAUAUGAAAUUUUAUCGUCAAGAUAGAUUAAAUAGUCAUAAAAGUCGAUACGGACAUGACGACGAUUCAGCUUCGUUAGAAGUGCAGAAGCCAUUCGACGAUAAAUCGGCCAUCAAAUUAAUAAAUACUUGGAUUAGAGAAGAACUGGAUUCGGACAACGAAGAAAAAGGGUUCCCCUGUAAAACGUGUGGAAAGUCUUACGAUACGAAGAAAUCUUUAUUCAAGCAUCUGCAGAACGUGCAUAAUGAGAAAUGCACGAAGUGUGGAAAAAUCUGUACUUGCGACGAGAAAGAGAAAAUUCAGCAGAAGCCGAACAAAAAAUCGUAUCGAUGCGAUAAAUGCGACAAGUCUUUCGAAAACGAACUGAAAUUGCAGAAACAUCUAAGAAUUCACGAGCGCGCUAAAGAACAGCAAGACGUAAAUUUCAAAAGGUUUUUAUGCCACAUCUGUAGUAAAACCUUUCGACAAAAUACAGGCCUUAUGUUUCACAUGCGAACACAUACCGGAUACAAGCCUCACGUUUGCAAAUAUUGCGGAAGAGGAUUUACGUCGAAUUCCAAUUGCAUUAAUCACGAAAGGACUCAUACCGGCGACAGGCCGUUCGUUUGCCAUUUCUGUAGUGCAGCAUUUGCCAAAUCUUGUACUCUUAAAGCGCACAUCACGACACACACUGGGGAGGCGAAUUAUCACUGUAAAACUUGCGGUAAAUCGUUUCGGAGAUUGAAGUACUUAAAGGAGCACGAGUUCACUCACACAGGAGAGAAGCCGUACGCUUGUAAAAUCUGCGGCACUGCGUACAGCCACUCCGGUAGUUUAUUCGUACAUGAGAAAAAAUGCAAAGCACAGUACAAUACUUACCAACCUAACUCGACGCCGAACGCGCAAAGUUAUUGUAAUUCGGAAACAUCGUCCCCAAACGUGACUCCUCUCAUCACGGGCUUACCACAAACACAUUUGAAUAAUAUUAAUGUAUUGAACACGGAAAGCAGCAAGACUUAUAUCGAUAAUGUACAGAGAUUAAAUUCUCAGAAUAUCUCUAAUGUAAAUCCGAUCAAUGCGCCUGAUUUACACACAAAUUCGAAUGCGGAUAUCCCCGAUGUCUCUUUAGCUGUUAAGAACUUUGCUCUCAUUGGGCAAAUGUUUUAAUCUUAGAACGUAGAAUUAAAAUGUUUCUGUGAUAAACUUUCAUUUCGCGAAUAUGUUCCGAUUUCACGUGAAAGAAAUAUAUCUCGCGUUAAUGAAACGAAAUAAUGAUAAU